UCCACGCGCUCGGUGUUCAGUAGCUAAAAUCAAGGAGCCUAAAGCCUGUGCGCGCGCCCGCUCGCUCGCUCACUCACUCAGUCACUUUUUGAACAGCUUGAAGCAAUUACAUCACGGAUUUCCGGAACAUUCUGGCAAGGGCGUUCUCUUGUUAUCUUCUGCUCUGUUUGUUCUGAAGACUCGGUCCUUUCUGAAAUCUCUCCAGUGCAAUGCAGCACCUCAGACACUGCAAAAGUUUUGUCCAUGUUUCAUUUCCCAUUGCUCCAAGGCAGCUGAAGAGCCGUGUCCCUGCAGUAUCUGUGCGGUCAGGAUUUCUCGCCCUGCAUUCAGGGAGAAGUAACCGAGAUCAGCAGUACUCCAGAUUCAGAGGAUUGAGGUUCAGAUAUGCAAUAACUGGCCUGGUAGCUGGAACUGGAGCUGUACUGGCUUAUGGACUCCAUCACAAUAAGGCAGAGCAGGCGACGAUUCCGGUGACUCGGACAAACUCCCUACCAGUUUACAGCCAGGAAGAAGUUAUAAAACAUUGCUCCGUUGAAAAGGGCGUAUGGGUCACUUACAAAGGAGGCGUCUAUGAUAUCACUGACUUUGUGGCCAUCCAUCCGGGCGGCGACAAAAUCCUUCUAGCCGCGGGUAAGGCUUUAGAACCCUUUUGGGCACUUUAUGCUGUUCACGGUCAAGAGCAUAUUCUGGAAAUUCUGUCUGAGUAUAAAAUUGGCAUUCUUCGAGCAGAGGACAACAAGAAGGAGGACACUGAAACAGCAGAUCCUUAUUCUACUGACCCUGCUCGUCAUCCUGCUCUCAUUGUGAACAGUUUAAAACCCUUCAAUGCUGAACCACCGCCUGCCAUACUUACUGAUAGUUACAUCACCCCUUCUGCCAUCUUUUUCAAGCGAAACCACCUUCCUGUUCCCCGUGUGGAUCCUAAAACGUACAGGCUGAAAAUUGAGGGCCUGCCUGGCGGUACUGUGUCUCUGACUUUGGAUGAUCUUAAGUCUCAUUUUCCUAAACAUACAAUAAUGGCCACCCUCCAGUGUGCUGGGAACCGUCGUUCUGAGAUGAACAAAGUGAAGCAGGUCAAAGGUCUAAACUGGGGAAUUGCAGCGAUCAGUAAUGCUACAUGGUCGGGUGCUUAUCUGAGAGAUGUACUGUACCAUUACGGCUUUGGUCCAGAAGUGGCAGCUAAAGCACGGCAUGUGCAGUUUGAAGGUUUAGAUGCGGAUGUGACUGGUACAGCAUAUGGAGCAUCGAUCCCGUUAAACAAGGCCAUGAGUGAAGAGGGAGAUGUCCUGUUAGCAUACGAAAUGAAUGGAGAGGAUCUCCCUGCUGAUCAUGGCUUCCCCGUCCGGGUCAUUGUUCCUGGAGUUGUUGGAGCCCGAAAUGUCAAAUGGCUCGGCAAGAUAAUCAUUAGCGAAGAGGAAAGUCAGAGUCACUGGCAGCAGAAUGACUACAAAGGCUUUUCACCAGGCACUGAUUGGGACACAGUGGACUUUAAAUCAGCCCCUUCCAUCCAGGAGCUCCCUAUUCAGUCAGCCAUUACAAAUCUGACAGAUGGUUCCUCAGUAGACCGAGACAUGGAGAACUUGACUGUUAAAGGUUAUACCUGGAGCGGUGGAGGAAGGGAGGUCGUGAGGGUCGACGUCUCAUUGGAUGGAGGGAAGACGUGGCAUGUGGCCAAACUACAGAAUAGCGAGGAAAGAGAAAUUUCUGCACCUUCUCCUCCACCUGGUCGAGCUUGGGCCUGGAAAUUUUGGGAAAUAACAAUUCCAUUACCAGAAGGAGUUCAGGAGCUGGAGGUUGUUUGCAAAGCAGUCGACAGUAGUUACAAUACCCAACCAGACUCUAUGCCACCUAUUUGGAACUUGAGAGGUGUUCUUAGCAACGCUUGGCAUCGAGUCAGGGUGAAAGUGAAAUGAGGCUUUGGAUGAAAACCCAAAGUAGUGAAAGUUUACUCAGGGAAACAAAUUUGUCAUACUUUAUAUGGCUCCAAGUGUUUAGGUGUUCCACUAUGACAGCUUGAAAUGUUGAUUUAGGCAUCAUUUCAAUGAACAGGCCACAAAGCUGGAUGAGCUUGAGGUUUUGAGUUCACAACCAACAUUACAAUCACAACUUUACAUAUUUCGUGUUGACUAUGCACGAUGGGAAAUCCUAUUUGCGUCACUUCUUACGUCGUUUUUCAGUUUAUCUUUGCCAAUUCUUAUUCAUAUGCAUCCGUACAUUUGGGACUUCUGUACAUAACUGUAGUAUCCAUACACUCUCACACAACUGUACUCACAAAAAUGUGGCAAGAUAUCAUUUUCAUUGUUCUAGAUAUUUCAUUCAGUGCACGCAGGAUUGGCUUAGAAAGAAUAAUGUGUUGAAACAGUUACGGUCCUGUGCUAGUGACAGGAAGGUUUUGAAUUCAUGUUUCAGCACUGCCAAAUAGUUACUGCUGGGCCAUUGAACAAAAUCCUUCUCAAGUGUGGUUAAAUGGCAUUCAGCCUCACUUCUAAAUCACCUAAUGUGUCUCUCAAAUAAAAAGUGUAAUGUCUGUGAAA